AUGGCGAUGCUGAAAGAAACUGUACAGCUACCGGAGGUACCUUGGCAAUUGUCAGGAAUGCUAUUGUCUGCGGGUCUGGGGUUUGGCUAUUCACCAUCAAAUGCUACGGAGGCAGCAUACGCUUGUCCACACUAUAAUGGAAUAUUGACAUCGAUUCAUUCGAAAAUGGAGGUGGACUAUAUCAAGAAUAUUUAUAGAGGAACAAAUAUUAGUAGAAUAUAUAUUGGAGCCCAGUCCGCAUUGAUGACUGAUAGAUUGAGCUGGAUAGACGGUACUGACUGGGAUUUUGACUAUAUGAAUCCUCUGGACACCAACAGAGGAAUGUGUCUAGUGAUGGACGUCCAGGGAGAUGGGUUUUGGUCUCGAGUGGAUUGUAACCUGCAGUUUGAUUUUCUGUGCAGGCAAAAAAUCAUACCAUUUACUCCUGAAGUCACUUCCAAGGAAACUCACCCUGAAAUUGUUCUUGAUUCUUCUAACUGCAACUCUACUUUUGUUCUCUCUCCUGGCUCAUUUUCCACCUUUCGCUGGCCUCAAGUCCCUGACGUCAUGUCUUACUGUACCUGGCGCGUGGCAGCACUUGGUCCAUAUAGAGUCGGAAUAUUUUUUGAUUACUGGAGAACCUAUGGAUCGUUGAAUAUUUAUGAUGAGUUUGGAACCAAUAUUGGGGAGUUCUCCGGAACUUAUAGUAGGGAACCAUUUGCAAGUUACGCAUCCUUCAACUAUGCUACAGUAAAGUAUGAACCUGGAAAUGCUACUGGAGGAAACCGUGAUACAGGAUUUCAUGCCGUUAUUCGUCCUGUUUGA